UUCACAGAAAAUUCGUCGGUAUUGUCGUUAUAUACAUUUUAGGUUAGCAGGAUGAAUUCCUGCCUUGUUUCACUUUGCUGACUCGCAGUACAACCUAUGCGCAGUACUGCGCGAGCGCUCCUGUUGGAAGUAUCGUCGGAUACACGCAGAUCACCACCUCACGGGCCGGUAUUGAUCUUUUCCCACUUUCCCAGUGAACCAGUCCGACACUGGCAGUUUCAAGGCGAUUCUUCGCUCAGCUGCAUUGCAGCACCCCUUCGCUCGUCUUCAGCACCCACAACCAACAGUAAAAUAACAACAAUGGAGUUCAAGGCAAGCAAAUGCCCUACAGAUGACUUGUCACUCACCAACUGUGCAAUUGUUAAUCCAGGUGACUUUCCUGAUGAUGUCAAGCACAUUGAAGUACACACUGGAGCAAACCAAAGGUUUGUCUUCUCCAUCAAGAGUCAUCCUGAAGUGGGCAGAAGGUCUGUGGGCUUCAGUUUGCCUCAGAGAAAAUGGGCAGUUUUGUCACUCAAUCAGGAUAUUGAGGUGAGACCAUUCAACUUUAACACUAAUGAGUGUUUAUCUGCUAUUAUCUUGGAAGCUGAUUUCCUAGCUAAAAAAACUACUACCCAAGAACCAUACGAUACUGAGCAAAUGGCGCAAGAAUUUAUCCAUCAGUUCUGUAACCAGGCAUUUACUGUCGGCCAACAGCUGGCUUUUAGCUUCCAGAAUAAGAAGAUGCUGUCGCUUUUCGUGAAGGACUGCGAAGCGGCGGAUCUCGACGCUAUUAAAAGCGGCAAACCCGCAAAGUCCAACAAGGUGAAGCUUGGCCGUUUGCUUCCUAACACUAUCGUUCAGUUUGAGAAAGCUGACAACUCAUCUUUGAAUUUAACUGGAAAAGCCAAAGGUGUUCAACCACGCCAGUCGAUCAUCAAUCCAGACUGGAACUUCCAGAAGAUGGGAAUUGGUGGCUUGGACGAUCAGUUCAACGCCAUUUUCCGUCGUGCAUUUGCGUCGAGAGUUUUUCCUCCAGAGAUUGUUGAACAAUUAGGUUGCAAGCACGUCAAAGGUAUCUUGUUAUACGGUCCACCUGGAACUGGUAAAACUUUGAUGGCGCGACAAAUUGGCAACAUGCUAAACGCUCGCGAACCGAAAAUUGUCAACGGUCCUCAGAUUUUAGACAAAUAUGUCGGCGAAUCCGAAGCAAACAUUCGUCGAUUGUUUGCGGACGCCGAAGAAGAACAGAAGAAGGCAGGCGCUAAUAGUGGCUUGCAUAUUAUUAUCUUCGAUGAAAUCGACGCCAUUUGCAAGCAGAGAGGUUCAGUUGCGGGUAACACAGGCGUGCAUGACACUGUCGUCAACCAGCUGCUCUCAAAAAUCGACGGUGUUGAUGAGUUGAAUAAUAUUCUUGUCAUCGGCAUGACUAACAGGCGCGAUAUGAUCGACGAUGCUCUUUUGCGGCCUGGUCGUCUUGAAGUACAGGUGGAGAUCAGUUUGCCAAACGAAGAUGGCCGCUUCCAGAUUCUUAACAUUCACACUUCUAGAAUGAAGAGUUUCAAGAAGAUUGCACCUGAUGUUGAUAACAGGGAAUUGGCCCAACUCACCAAGAACUUCUCCGGUGCGGAAUUGGAAGGUCUUGUACGUGCCGCGCAAGGUUCCGCCAUGAACCGCCUAAUUAAAGCUGCUAGCAAGGUGGAAGUAGAUCCGGAAGCCAUCGAAAAGCUGAACGUGACACGUUCAGACUUUUUACAUGCAUUGGAGAACGAUAUUAAGCCUGCUUUCGGUACAGCGCAGGAACUUUUGAGUCAGAUGCUCGCGCGCGGUAUCGUCAACUGGGGUCGCCCGGUUCAAGGCAUCCUUGAAGAUGGCAUGUUGUACAUUCAACAGGCACGAGAUCCUGAAACAGCUGGUUUAGUUUCGGUGCUACUCGAAGGCCCGCCAAACUCUGGAAAAUCUGCCCUCGCUGCGCAGUUGGCGAAGAAUUCCGAUUACCCAUUCGUUAAAAUCUGUUCCCCUGAUGAAAUGGUUGGAUACACUGAGACUGCAAAGUGUCUUCAUCUCAGAAAGGUGUUUGACGAUGCCUACCGCUCGACAAUCUCCUGUAUCUUAGUUGAUAACAUUGAGCGAUUGCUGGAUUACGGUCCAAUUGGUCCGAGGUACUCCAAUUUAACACUACAAGCGUUGUUGAUUCUGCUGAAGAAAGAACCGCCACCAGGCAAGAAAUUGUUGGUGUUGUGCACUAGCAGCAGGAAGCAGGUGCUUGAAGAAAUGGAAAUGUUGCCUGCGUUUACAGGUAUUCUGCAUGUGCCGAAUAUCAACAAACCGGAGCAAGUGAUGGCGAUUCUUGAGAGUACCGAAGUAUUCAACAAGCAGGAAUUGGCGUCAAUUGCGAAGAAAAUUACUGGCAAACGAAUAUUCGUCGGUGUAAAGAAACUGCUGGCGAUUAUCGACAUGGCAAAGCAGAGCGAAAGUCACAAGGUGAUAAAACUGCUCACGAAGCUGGAAGACGAGGGCUUCCUAGACUCUGGCGUAUGCUAGAUCAAGUGCUCGAGGAGUGGCCGAAGGGGCGGCCGGCGGGCCGCACGCAGACACAGCCGCUUGACACCGGUGCACUUCGAAGACGUGUACUGACACCCAUUCACUCAAAUAACUCCCAAACACAUUACGACAUCCCAACCUCACUUAACCUAUACCUAACCUUAUCUGUGUUUACGCAUGUGUAACAAUGCGUACUGUCAUAAUCAUGGUCGUGUUGUUGAUUGUUGUUGCGAUUUGAUUGAUUCCUUAAGGGUAUACAACUAUAAAUAAUUAACCCUAACCCUGUACCUCAAAUUCUUUUAGAAACUUACACGAAUCGCGUGUAAUCCCACGCGAUUCAACUAAUGCGGCAAUGUGUGGUCAAUACAAGUCAAUAUGCAAGUUGUAAAUUUUGUUAUGGUUAUGUUUCGAUUGAUUGUGUUUGUAAGAAUUUUAGGCUAGCGCAGAGUCAAAAACUAUUAUUGUUACUCUAAUUGUUAUUUUGUAAUUAUUGCUAUUUGUUGAGUGAAUUGCAUAGUAAAAUGACAGAGCGUGCAGGGAAAGAUCAUUGAAGACGAGUGCAACAUCACGGCAUAGAUGGACGUACCGCCCCUGAUUGUUUUUGAUUUUGCGCUAUAAUCAUGCCAUCAAAGUAUUUAUCAAACUAUUUAUCAUGUGUAAGUUAAUACUUUAUGAAGAUUUACUUAAAAAUUAUUUAUAUCUGCUUAGUAUUGAGAUAUUUCAAGAUUAAUUAUUGUAGCAGCGGUCGAAAACCAAGCAACUGUUGUGAAACGAAACCAAUUGUGCAUUUUUAUCACGUUUCUUGUUGUUAUUAGGCAAACCAACUAAAUUCUAGUUAAUGCGAAAGUGGUGGCCAUUUUGAUGCAAAACGUUACAGCGUACAUGCGUACAGCUUAAUUAUGGGAGACAAUAUGGCCGCCGAUGUUAUAUUAUUAACUAUAAAUGAUUGUAAAUGUAAAAACUAGUUGGUAACAUUACAUUCCCAAACAAAGCAAACAAAAAACACUAUAUUGCCAUCAUAAUAUGCUGUUGAUUGCCUCAAAAUUACAAUAAACAAGCCCCAAAAUUACUUGUUUAUUGGGAUUUUCGAAUGAUGUUGAAAAAAAUGUGAAUAUGUAAUUCUCUUCCUCUUGUGGCGCACAUUCUUGUACAUCGUACGUGUAGAUACAACGCAAAUGCUGAAAAUUAUUGCAUGCACGCGUAAAACACUUUAAAAACUUGAAACAAUGCUAUAACAUAUCUUUGCACUCAAAUUACUAGCGUAAUUGAAUCGUAUGGUAAUCAGCAGCAUGCAAAAGUUCAAAUUUACAAGCAUAAUGAAGUGUUAUACUUUGGCGAUAAAAGCAAUAUCCUCUUAACGUGCAAAUGUACUGCGUAUAAAUAUCUAUUAUACAUAAAAUUUCUUGUAACAUAACAAAUUGAACAAAGUGAACAAAGCUUACAGAGAAGAUAUAUUUAUCAUAACAAAAUGUUGAAACAAAUGAAGCGUGCGUACACUAAAUAAGCAGCGUAAAUUAAAAUAACCUCCAAAGUUAACCUAGAAGAAGAAAGUGUAGCCAAAAAAAAAAUUCAAACUGAUGUAAAAUGAAUUGUAUAACAUUUGUUUGUAAUUAUUGUGUGGGGUGCGGAAACCCGGGAGUCGAAACGAAACGAAUGGAUUGAUUCUAGAAUUUUCUAGACGGUUGUGGAAGUUUUAGAUUAUAUUCAAGAAACUUUUGUCAUUGUGAUCUCACGGUACUACAUUCACUAUCAAACGAAUAUUUAGUCCUGUAGAUGCGUUUAGUUUUGAAGAGAUGUUAUAAACAUUGUUGGUUUAUAAACAUUCGUUUUUAUUGAUAAACUGGAAAUCGGUUUUAAAUGAUUACUUAAACGUACAUAGGAAACAAAUUAGCGAAAAGUGCUUGUAUGUGGUGUAAUAUAAUAGAAAGCGAAACAUUA